AGGUUUACGCGCGCGCGCGGCACAAAUGUUGAUGCCAGGCUAUUAACCGGGACAAUGCAAGUAUCUUCGAUAUUUAUCCGAAACUGUAAUGUGAGGAAGUGAAAGGUAAGCGUGUUCUUGUGAAAAGUUACACAGGAUCGAGAGGUGAAAAUGUGUAGAAUAUCUGUGAAAUUUAUAGAAUACUAACGUGUAAAAUUUUACCCUUUGUUGUUAAUAUAUUGGUUUUCUUAUAACAAAAUUUAUUUUACAUUUUCGAGCGUAUCCCGAUGUAGCGAUACAUUGAACUGCGUUUGAAGUACGCGCUGGUGCGCCGCCAUGUUGGCUUCUAGUGUUUCCGGCGUCCGUUACGCGGCGCUGAAGAAUUCGGGAGAAAUGGAGUAUGUAAAUAUUUUCGUUCGAGGCCGAGAUAGACGCGCGAGAGGAUGAUCGAGGGAGAGAACGCCGUUUGAAUAACUCUCUGGGCCUCGCGUCUUCAUCAGAGACGUGCGACAAGCUGGAAUUUCAAGCUUGUCGCGAGCGGAAUGGCAUCCACGAACGAGUUCGGUCCAGAUUCUGGCGGUAGAGUGAAGGGAGUUACCGUGGUGAAGCCUAUAGUCUACGGGAACAUAGCGCGUUACUUCGGCAAGAAGAGGGAGGAGGACGGACACACGCAUCAGUGGACCGUGUACGUCAAGCCGUACCACAACGAGGACAUGUCCACCUACGUGAAGAAGGUGCACUUCAAGCUGCACGAGAGUUACAACAAUCCCAAUCGCAUCGUGACCAAGCCGCCGUACGAGCUGACGGAGACCGGCUGGGGGGAGUUCGAGAUAGUCAUCAAGGUCUACUUUCACGAUCCGAACGAACGUCCCGUGACGGUAUAUCACAUACUGAAACUGUUUCAAUCGUCGACCGAGAUACAGCUGGGUAAGAAGAGUCUGGUGUCGGAGUUUUACGAGGAGAUAGUCUUUCAAGAUCCGACAGCGCUGAUGCAGCACCUCCUGAGCUCCAGCAGACCCAUGACGCUUGGGGUUUGGCGGCACAAUACAGAUUUCGAAGCGCUGAAGGAAUCGACGAUGAAGGACAUUAUGGAAGCACGCAACAAGAUCAGGCUCGAAGUGAUAGAUUUGAAGGAGAAAUUGACCCUGGCGAAAGAGACGAUCGCAAAAUUCAAGGAGGAAAUCGCCAAGAUCUCCAAGGCUGGCGGAAGCUUAUCCGUCGCGUAGUAAUUUAUCAUCUCGAGACGAGUUUCGAGCGAAUUGACCAACGUGCAAAGUCUAUAAGGCUUUUUCCAUGUAUAAAGUGUACAUAAUUAUGACUAAAUUUUAGUUUAAUUAAUUUUAAGAAUUUUUACUGCAUUGCGUACCGUUGCUGAUAAGAAAGUAAAAUUCUAUUCCGCAAUGUGGACGGCGUUCGUCAGUCGUAGUCGCAAUAAAGUUUAUCUCCGA